AUGGAAACAUUGGUCAUCAGUAAGAGUUACAGCAAAACACUGCAAACAAGUAGUCAUAUAAACUCUAAUCACGUUAUAAAUGGUGUAAACAUUGAUAAAGUUUACGCAAAACAAAAACUUUGCAAACUUUAUAAAAAAGUUUUGGCAAACAAUUUGAAUGUCAAUAUUGUUAAGAAAAUGCUUAGAAAUCGACGAACUUAUGAAUGCUUUCCAAAAGUCAAAAUGAAAGACAACUUUUGCUAUAAUUAUACCAAUAUUUCCAGUGAUUUAUCUUUAUUUAAAUAUUUAAUAAACAGUCGUUUUCUUCAGAGUUUAUUUUCAUUAAUGAUUGUAAUAAUUACAAUAUAUGUGCGACAAUGGGAUCACCUAAUCUCGAGUCGUUGUGCACUAUAUAACAAUUACUUUGUGAUGGAGAUGACCCGUCCGCCCACUAACUGCGAUAUCUGUCGAAAUGUCAACCAAUUUCUGGUUCUUGAAAACAUCACGAAAGAUGAGUUUGCAAAGUAUGCCUACAAUGGACAGCCUAUUGUGGUUCGCGGGGCUUCUAAACACUGGUCAGCCCUAAAAACAUUUAGUUUUGAUUUUUUUCGUCAAAUCUAUUCACAAAAUCCCGGCGCUUAUGAAAGUAUUGAACGCGAGUGUCAGUUCUUUCCGUUUAAAACUCAAUUCAAUCACUUGAGUCAAGUCUUUGCAAUGCCUGAGGAAAGGGUCCGAAUGACCGAACAGAUGUCGAAGCCGUGGUAUAUCGGAUGGAGUAAUUGUAAUGCAGAGAUUGCAUCCAUUUUACGCCAACAUUACUCGAGACCCACCUUUUUGCCGGAUGACUCCGAGUCGAGUGCUAUCGAUAGGAUAUUUAUGGGGUAUUCCCAUAUCGGGGCCAGUAUGCAUUUAGACUAUGUACAGCGUCCAUCGUGGCAAGCACAGGUAUCCGGUUCUAAGACUUGGCAUUUAUUACCGCCUCCCGAGUGUGAACCACAGUGCAAACCUAUCAAUAUAACCGUCCAAACAGGAGAUAUCAUAUUAAUCGAUACGAAUCAAUGGUAUCACAAGACUGGCAUCAAUGCAAUCAAUGGCAUCAGUAUUACCAUUGGAUCAGAAUAUGACUGAAAACUGCUUACUAUUAUGUAAUGUAAUGAACCACUAGU